GUAUUGGGCUCAGUGAAAUGUAUUACAUUCGUAGGCGUGAUAAUGAGCAAAUUGAUCAUCGUCCAAUCAGGAAAAAACCGCAACGUUAUCAAACAAAUAAUACGGUUUCCAUACAAGUACCAAUACUACAAGACAGCAUUGUUUUUCCAAUUCCUUCACAUUGCACUUGCAACUAUUUACAAUGUCUCUGUUCAACCAUUGGUUUUGUCCGUUAUGAUAUUUCUUAAAGCAAAACUCAGAAUCCUUCAGUAUCGUAUAAGGAAUAUUGAGCAAGUCGUUGACAAAACCUUGAAGCAAUUAAUCAAAGAACAUCAAGAAUUGAUACAGCUACAUGGAGAAUUCAAUGCAAGUUUUCAGUACAUCGUUUUGACGGAAUACUGCGCAACAUUUCUGACACUGGCUUUAAGUUUUAUUGAAUUAUUACAAGCACAAAGAAUAUUAUUUCAUCUGUUUUUCAGCGGAUAUGUUUCCAUUCAACUAUUCACUAUAGUUUGGAAUGCCAAUGAGAUUCUUCUAGAGAAUUCCGUUGGUUUGGCAAAGGCCCUCUAUGAUAGUCCAUGGUACAAAAUGGACAAAACCUCAAAAAUCUUAAUUCACAUUAUGUUGAUGAGAUGCAUAAAACCUUUGACGAUUUUUAUCGGCCCUUUUGGGUAUAUGGAUUUCAAUGCCGCAGUAUCGAGAGUCAAACUGGCCUAUUCAGUAGUAUCAGUAUUUUCUAGAAACCAAUAAUAAUAAUGAUGAAUUGACCCAAGCAAUAAUGUCUGGCUUAAGUAACUUACAUAAAC